UCAGUUUAUUUGCAGCACAGUACUGAAGAAAGUCAAACUCUGGGAAUUAAGUAGAUUUACUACUGGUUGCUACUGGUUGUGAGUCCAGCAGCUGGGGCACUGGAAAGAUUGGAACCCACAGUUUUAUAACUGGCUACACAAGAAGAGACAUGGAUUCACGAAAUACUCCCUAUCGCUCGGAAGUGUCUCGCUGGUCCCCAGAGGACUUGGCUGACUACUUCAGGAGGUUAAACUUCAAGGAUUGUGAGAAAGUUGUCAAGAAGCACGGCAUAACUGGGCAAAGAUUUCUGAACAUGUCUGACAAUGAUCUUCAGAAGUUUCCAAAACUAAGUGUACCGAUUUUAAGCAAGCUAAGUCAAGAAAUAAACCGACAUGAAGAAAAAAGAAGUUUCUUUCCAAAACGGACACAAAUACAAAAGGCUCCUGAAAAUACAGAAUACCGACAAGAUGAGGGUGAUGGCUGGUCUUCCUUUGAGGAAAGUGAUGAUUAUGAAAGCCCCGAUGAAGAAGAACCUGAAGGUAGUGUAGACUAUGAAACCCCCAAUGAUCAAGAUGGUGCUGAGGAUGAAAAUGAGGCAGAUUAUGAACCUCCUCCUUCAAAUGAUAAUGAGACAGUCCGUAAUAUAUUUCCUAACCAACGAACUACAAUCACCUCAGAAUACAUAGAUAGAUCAACAACAGAGAGAUCUAAAGUACCUCUUCAGCCUCCCCCUCCACCAGAACGGCCUGGACCUUCCCCUGUACCACCACCCAGUAAAAACAGAAACCCUGGGCAGCCAAAUUUCCUUCCUCCUACAAGCAAUAAUGAAAGUAGAGAAAAAAGCACCAAGUCUUUUAAAACUCUUGGUCCUUCUGUGGAUCGAAGCAAAAAGCCUCCACUAGAUCAGCCAGGACCACCAUUUGACAGAAACAUGAUGGGCACAAGAACUUUUCCUGAAAUGUCCUCAGCACCACAGUUCAGGUCCCUGGGAAAAGAAUUAGCAAAGUUACAGAAGCCUCCUGUGCCAUCGAUUGAUGGAUAUGACAGAAACAAUCCUACUGUCAGGAGGAAGCUGCCACCCAUAAACAACAAUCAGCUCUCUGAAAAAAAUGCAGAAAUGGAAGACAGCGGUGUUCCUCAAAGGCCCCCUCAGCAGCCACCUUUGCAGUUAUUUAACACAUUUCCUUCCAGAUCUAAGCCACACUCUAAACAAGUUCCUUUACCACCCAAGGGUCUAUCUGAAGCAUAUCCAGAAAGCACUGUUUCAUCAACUGGAUCACUACCAUCACAUCUUCCACCAAGAAACAUCUCCAGAAACUUUUCUAAAGGCCCAGCUGAUGGCAGGCCACCACUACCCAUCCCUACCAGACCGAGUCCACAAUUUCCCAGAGCUGAGAACGAAGACAUGGAACAGUGCUCUAAGCUCGUCUCUAAUCAGGAUGUCCAAAAACAGAAAUGGUAUGCUGCUGAUACCACCCGGACUGAUGCAGAAGUUGCCCUUAGGCGUAUAAACCAGGAUGGCACUUUCUUAGUAAGAAACAGCUCAAAAAAAGCUCUCGAACAGCCCUAUACCCUAAUGGUACUUUAUCAUAACAAAGUAUACAAUAUUCAGAUACGUUACCAGAAGGAGGAUAAAACAUACUUCUUAGGAACUUACCUGAAAGGAAAUGAGGUUUUUUCUUCAGUGACGGACAUCAUUGAUUUCUUCAGAAGAAUGCCUCUUCUUCUGAUAGAUGGAAAGGAUCAAUGUUCAAAGAAGCAAUGCACAUUAACAUAUGCGGCUGAAGUGUUUUAGAAGACACAUUCAGGAAAAACUGGUUCAAUUCCACCUUAUUUAUCUUUGAAAAAUGAAUGAAUGCUCUCAGUUUUAAAUUCCACCCCCCAUCCACAUACAGAUGUUUGUCAUUUGCAUGCAUGUGACACCCAAUUGUCUGAAAAAUACAACUGAAAAAAAUAGGACUAAGACUAUUUUAGUACAGUUUUCUUCAAGUGGAAAGACUUCUUACCAAUUAAUAAAUUUUACUACAUGUAUAAAUUUUACUACAAGCUUACAAUACCAAAUACACUGAGCUGAGGAUAUCUUAAUGCAGAGGAGGGUAAGGGAAGGCUCUCCAGAUGUUCCACUGCAACUCAUACUAUUCAUCAUUAUUGCUAUGCUGGUUAAGGCUAAGGGGAGUUGCUGCCCAACAUCUAGAAAGACGCACACUUCCCACCUCUGGCUUAAUGUGUUUUGAAUUUUCAAGCACAGCAUGCAUGCUGUUUACUGUGUAUCUUGUAUGGUGACACCAGCACAUUGUAUAUUUGCAUUUACAGAUAAAGUAUGCAUUUUGGAUCCAUUUUUCCACUACAAACUUUGUUCUCAGGUCAUAGAAUAUCGGUUAUAUCCUAUACCAGUAUUUAUAUUCCUUCAGUCUAUUGCCUAGAGUUCACAAGCAUCAGAAUGAUAUACCAUUAAGUUCAGGUAGUUGUUAUCCUUACCUACCAGCAGCCAUACUUUCAAUGCAACUGCCAUCACAGGCCAAGAUCCAGCUAAAUUUAAGACUGUUAAGUCCCAUGGAUUUUAAUGCUAGAAAAAUCCCUAUCUUUGUCCAGUUGUACCUGUGUCUGGAAAGUACCUUUGUUGUAAAACUGCUUAUUGCACACUGUCAAAUUUAAACUGAAGUAUUGUCCUUUUAUUAUUGAUACUAAUAAACAGAAUGCUGAAGUAA